AAGAGACCACAAGUAACUUCUCUGUUAUUAAUAAUUCUAACUGUUUAGCGAGAAAAUCAAAAUUUUAUUUCAUUAUUCUUAGCAACAUACUUAAUUUUCCUCUUUUGUUUAAACUGUUUUCAUAAAAUAAAGUUGUGUCCAGUAUAAUUUUACUAGUAAGUGUAAGCCAGGUCCUGCAGCACUCCUGUAUGAUUUGAUUCUAAAUGAAAAAAAAUUAUCCAACGUAAGAUUGCUCGUUGUCUCCGCACAUUUGGCACGUAGCGAUUUGAAGAAGCGAAGACUUUCUGGGGUCAUCAUUCCCGUACAGAAGGCGAAAUAUCUCUCACCAAACGAUUCAAAGUAUGGCAACUCAGUUGAAGAGCGGUUACAUGCUUAAACAUAAAAAGCGUAUUUUUGGCAAAGACUGGAGAGAAGAAUACGUUGUACUCUUCAGUGACAGCACUAUCAUGUGGUUUAAAGACAAGGGGAAGAUGGAACCAGAAGGAAGUGUCAUCAUUAAAAACGCACCUGACCUAAUGGCUUAUGGUCAUUUCACAGCUCGAGUUCCAAAAAGACCUAUCCUCCCAAAUGGAUUCAAAACCUCUCAGCUGAUAGCGUUUGGAACCAGAGAAAAAGAUACGGUGUACUGGUUUCUCUGUGAAAGUGAAGAGGAUGUAAUGUCCUGGAUGACUAUAAUAAGUAAUCUGUUGCCUCCACCCCCACCUCCGGUAAGACCAUCCUCUCAGUUACCUAGCAACGGUUGCGAAGGAUGCAGCAGAAAUAGGUUCUUGCCCUCUAGUGGUUUAUCUCAACAGCAAUCAGACACCACCAUCAACGUUUCCACUUCAGAUCGCUGUAACGAUGAUGAUCUUGCCAUGAGCUUAUUUCUUGGAACCACCAUGGGGUGGGGUUUAGGAUUGGGUUGGUGUGGAGAGUGGGGCUGGGCUAGUGGUUGUCACGACAUUGGAAAUCAAUGGUAUAAUAACGGAGAUCAUAAUUUUACUAAUAACCAAAGUGGUAUCUAUCAUGAGUCGAUUGGAAUCAAUGAUGAUGCUUACGAUACUGGUGGACUCGAUUCCACAGAUUUUGAUAUGUGCGCAGAUUUUGGCGCAUUUUGAAAAUAAAAGUUAUGGCACGAUUGUAUCACAAGGAUUGUGUUUGAAUAGGUUCAUUACUGUCCACUACAUGAUUAGGAAUGAUGGACAAUGAUUCAUGAAAAUGUUUCUAACAAUAGGAAUAGUGUGCCAUUUCACUGGUCUAUUGGAAUAAGUCGAAAUAUUUUACUGUUAACGAUAUAAUUUAGAACUAAACCUCACAGAUAACCAUUCCUCAUUAAAAACCGUACUUAUUAUUUGUUAGAUUUCAUAAGGGUUGAAAAGAAAUUUCUUAUAUAUCUACCAAAUGUUAAUUGUUAUGCAGUCUACCAAUUCCCUUGAAUAGUAUCGAGAAGGAAGAAAAGGCGAAUUUUGUAAAUUAUAAAUAUAUAAGUAUUAUUUCCAUGAGUUUCUAGUGACUUUCAAGGUGUCUUAGUGACUAAGAAUAGAACUGAAUAAUAAACAGUGUGUAAUGAUAUUAAUGCCUUAGUGCUUCGUAUCACACCCUUGGUAGAAGUCAUAGUAAUCUACUUCUUAAUCCCUUGGUAAUUUGCACUUUUCACUUAGACUAACUGACACUUUGACACACCGCGUUUUGGAUAGAAAUAGAUUGUAACGUGUAUUUUGUUCGUUACUUGUACACUUGUUAAAAUGAACAUGUGAAGUCUUAGUGCUAUUGCUUACGUUUAUGGAGUAACAACUGUAGCUGUUCCUUUAGAAGAAAAUCUUAUCAGUUCAUUAAUGUAGUAGCUGAUCGUAACUUUUAUAGAAUAGCUAGUAAGUUACAUUAUUUCUUUUAUACAGCUAGGACAUGUAUGAUAACGUACAUUUUGCUCCCACAGAAUUAAUACGAAAUUUCUUGUAUAAAUUGUUUGAGACAAAACUUUUGAAUACGCGAGUGUUCUUUGUGCAUGUCACUUUCAUAAAGUGGCAAAAUAUUUGUGCGUUUAUACAAUAUCUAUAAAAACUUGAUAGUCAAGAUUAUAUAUAAAUAUCUAGAUACAUUUAUACUAAUAUAACUUUGGCAUACCGCAUUGAAUCUUAAUUUGUUGUUAGAUGAUGUGUUUUGUAGAUUACAACAGAACUAGAUAUUUUGUCAGGUGUAACAUUAAUGUAAGAUUUGAAAUGCAUGUUGAUGUUCGAGCGGUGACAAGUGUUUAGUUAGUAAUGUGUGUUACUAUGUUUAACAGAUAAGAAAUGAAUUUCCUUACAAAGUAGGGGAACAGAAAAAAAAAGACUAUUGUUAACUCCAGCGUUUCAAUAAAAAAAGUUGGCUAUCAGUUAACAGCUGAAACGAAAACUUUAUUAGUUUUAGUGUUUUAAAUACAAUAAACGUUGGUUAGCAGAUGAAAUGAUAAAUAAAAGUUAUUGGUCGCAGUGUCUUUAAUAAAGAAGUUAGUUCCCAGGUAAUAGUUGAAACAGAAAAAAUUAUUUGAUUUUGUAUUUUAAUAAAGAAGUUGGAUACCAGUUAACAGUUUAAAAAAUAACUGUUAUUGGUUCCACUGUUUUUAGUAAAGAAGUUGAUUGCCAGUUAAUAGUUGAAACAGAAAGAAAUAGCUGUUAUUAGUUCAGUGUUUUUUAUCAAGAAGUUGGCUACCAGUUAACAUUUUAAAUAAGAAUAACUGUCAUUGGUUCCAGUGUUUUUAAUAAAGUUGGCUACCAGUUAAAAGCUGAAAUGAAAA